AUGAUUUUGAAGUUGUGCGUGAUGGUGUACAUCUGCCCCUUUAACUUCAGUCUCCAUCAGCCUUUCAAAAGUCCAAGUCAGAAAGAAGAACUCGAACAAAAGCACCUCCAUCUUUUGCAGAUUGUUGAAAGCGAAAGGACGGCGAAACUGCAAUAUAUUCAACAGUGUGAAGAGCUCGGCACUGAGAUUAAGAAAUUAAGAACUGAGCUGUGUGCCUUAAAGAAGGAAUGGCGUCCAACAAAACCACCUCCUCCAUUGAACCCGCCACUUACCGUCCAGUAUCCAGAAGAUUCCUUGGAACUCAGGAAAAUAAAAAAAGUUCAGAGUUUCUUCCGUGGAUGGCUUUGUCGUAGACGAUGGAAACAGAUCGUUGAGCAAUAUAUAAAAUCUCCUCACGCAGAAAGCAUGCGAAAAAGAAACAGGUAA